GGAGGCCGCAGUGCAGUCUGGGAACGGAAGUUUCAGGACUUGCCCGGCGGGAACGGCUGACGCGCCUUCCCAUUCCCGUGAUGCCUUGCGCACGCGGCUAAGGCGGCUGACGGGGAGACGGCCCUGGUCAUGGCGGCGAAGGCUGAAGGGAUGGCGGCGAAGGCUGAAGGGAUGGCGGCGGUGCCGCGGAGUUCCUCGCUGGUAGAAGCUGUGCUGGCCUGCUCGGGCCGCCUGCAGAAGGAGGGCCUCAGCGGCCGCAUCUCCCACCUCUCUGGCCGGGUGGAGGAGCUCAAGGAUGAAGUUUGCAGCAUGAUCAACAAAAGGUAUGUAGAGUUUCUGCCCAGCAUGCAGAGUACCAAGGAUUUGGAGUCCCAAGUGGAGGAGCUAUCUGGCAACAUCGACCAGCUGAAGUCCAGGAUAGAGAAUGAGGUUCAGCAUGACCUUAACGUGGCCAUUGCAGAAUUUGCUGAGCUGAAACAACAGCUGGAGAGAGACACGCUAGUUCUGAGCGUGCUGAAACAGCUGCAGGAGUUUGAUACCGCUCUCAAACAGUUCAAUGCCUUGUUGCCACAGAAGAAGUAUGUGUCAGCAGCAUGCCACCUGAACAAGGCCCGGAGGAAUCUGAAAACGAUGGAGUCGCGCCAAGGCUUUGAGUUGAAGAUCCUGAAGGCACUCAGCAGGGAGCUCACCAUGCAGACCCAAAACAUCCUCUACCUCUUGGGUCAGGAGUGGCAGCAAAUGGCUGUGUGGAAACUUCCUCAAUCUAAAGAAAUGGUCAGCCUGGAGUCAGCCAUGCAGACAGAGCUGCGUUUGUUCACAGAGCCGUCCAAGGAGGACGUGGUCACUGGCCCGACGGUGGCCUCUGUGCUGCAGGCAUUUGCCAUCCUGGGUGAGCUGCGUUUAAAGUUCAAGCACUUCGGACAGUUGCUGCUGAAGCACAUCCUCAAGCCUCUCAUCUCUCACCCGUCAUUGCGGCCCUUGCUGGAAAAGCACCCGGAUGCUGUCACGCUGAGGUUUGAAUCCGUGGGCUCUGACCUUGGCCACCCGUCCCCUGUGGAGGUGUUUGCAAGGAUCACGCUGGUGCUUGAGGCUCUCCACAGACAUCAGUUAGAUGUUCCGCUUGAACACCAUGUUGAAGAGGAGGAGGAGAAUAGCUCCAGGCCCAUCUUGGCAGAGGUUUUGGGCGAUAUGAUCUGGAAGGAGUUGUCGGAGUGCCUCAUUCACGACUGCUUGGUGCAUUCGAUCCCAAACAACAGUAGCAAACUGGGGCAGUAUAUUGAGGUUAUUAAAGCUACAGAGGAGUUUGAGAAAGCCUUAAAGGACAUGCGGUACCUAAAGGAGGAUUCCACCGACUUGCUGACGUACGCCCGCAAUGUCAACUGCCACUUUGCUAACAAGAAAUGCCAGGACGUGAUAGUGGCAGCAAGAAACCUGAUGACGUCAGAAAUACACAACACCAUAAAGGUUACUCCAGACUCCUCAGUAACUCCGCCCAAACUGCCUGACCCCAGAGCAGGUGACCAAUUAAAAGUGCAAAAAACAUCCGAAGCCCUUCUCAAACAGGCAAAUAAUCUGGAGAACGAGAAAAAGCUGAGCCGGCAUACCUUUUCAUUUCCUGCCUGCCGCAUCAGCGAAUCUGUACAGAAAUUGAUGGCGUUGGCUUAUCAGACUCUCCAGGAGGCUUCAGCCAGCACGGAUCAGUGCUGCAUCCAACUCUUCUACUCAGUGCGGAACAUCUUCCAUCUGUUCUGUGAUGUGGUGCCCAUGUAUCACAAAGAGAACCUUCAGAAACUUCCCCAGCUGGCUGCCAUCCACCAUAACAACUGCAUGUACAUUGCCCACCACCUCCUGACCCUGGGCCACCAGUUCCAGGGCCGCCUGAGCGAUGGAUCAGCCACCUUCAUUGACCUGGUGCCUGGUUUCAGGAAACUCGGGACGGACUGUUUCCUGGCCCAGAUGCGAGUGCAAAAGGGUGAGCUCCUGGAGAGACUCUCAAGCGCAAGGAACCUCUCCAGCGUGGAUGACGAGGACAACUAUUCAGCGGCAAGCAAAGCUGUUCGGCAGGUCCUGCACCAGCUGAAGAGGCUUGGCAAGAUCUGGCAGGACGUCCUUCCGGUGAAUAUCUACUGCAGGGCCAUGGGGACUCUGCUGAACACAGCCCUCGCCGAGAUCAUCAGCAGAAUCACCACCUUGGAGGAUAUUUCUGCUGAGAAUGCAGACAGAUUGCACGCUCUCUGCCAGACCAUGGUGGACGAGGGCCCCCACGUGUUUGUGCCUCUGCCGGAAGAAAAACAGAACGUGCCCUUCCAAGAGGAGGUCCCAGUCUACGUACCCAAAUGGAUGGCCUUCAAAGAGCUCAUGUUGGUGCUACAGGCUAGUCUGCAAGAAAUAGUGGACCGGUGGGCAGAUGGCAAAGGGCCUCUCGCAACGGAGUUCUCCCCAAGCGAGGUGAAGAACCUAAUCCGGGGCUUAUUCCAGAACACGGAGCGGAGGGCUGCUGCGCUGGCAAGAAUUAAGUAGCUUGAGCGCCUCUGCUGUUCCAAACAUGUUGUCUUCCUGGGUGUGCACAGCCCGUGGGUGUCUCCCACUCACGCAGUUUGACCGUAUCUCCUUGUCAAGUACUUCCUGGCAGUUGCCCGCAGCGGUUUCCUGCAAGCCAGGCUGACACGCACAGAGAAGCAUCGCCUGUCGCAUUCACCAAGCCAGCACAACCACUUGGGCACCCUCCCUGGCCUCCCAAGAUAACUGCCUGACAUGAUGGGAUCCCAAUGCGUCGGCGACCCAGAGGGAAAUCUGGCUUGUUGGAUGUUCACUCCUAGCGUGGCCACAUUCAGGUCUUGCCAACACCCCCUUUUUUCCCAGCUUUGGGUGUCCUGCAAAACCUGUUUGGUUCUGGUGGCACUCUUGGCAGACGUGCCUGGCACUACCUAUGGCUGGGACCUGCGGGGGAGUCAGCAGGUUGGGGGAGCUCUUGUGAUUCCUGGUGGAACGGUGUCUCUAUGCAUCUUCUUUUGAGGGGAGGUACCUACCUUUUGUGCAUCUUACCUCGUCUCUUGUAAACGGCUUCUAAAGCACACAAGACUUUUAAAAAAAAAUCUCUCCAUGGCCUUUUGCGGGCCGCAAAGUGCCAAAGCUUUGUCUUUCCACCAGCCGCUGCCUUUAGCAAGCCUCAUGCAACAAGAGGAAAGUGGGUUGUUGUCUUGAGCCCUCUUCUUCUUUCGUUCUUUACACAUAGGGCCUAUGCGUGGGGAAGUGGGGUCACACCCUCAACAUUUGAUAGGCGGCUGUCUCCCCUCCCCCACCCCCUGGGCCUGCCUUGGAGGGAUGUCGCAUAGAUCUUGUGACAUCCACAGUGGAGAAGCCUGUGCCUGUUCAGCGAUGUUGAUCGCAGGAAGUCUGUGCGCAAAUGGCUGGAAAUGGAUAGGUGUCCCUGUUGCGGAUGUUCAGGGGACAAGUGAGUGGCAUGUUUGGUAUUGGGGUUGGGGCCAGGGACUUAGACCCACUUCCCCUCGCUACCCAUGAAGAAUGUCAGGAGGCCUUCCGUCUGUCUCUCUCAGUGCUCUUUAUCAACUACAGUGUUCUCUCUGACUUAAUGUCUCCAUAAUUAAUCAAAACCGGCUGCUCCUGAACUUUCUCCCUUUUCAUCUAUCAGAUGAGGCAGAUGCUCCCCCCAGGCCGCCACCCACAAUUCUCUUCAUAUAUAGAAUUGGAGGUCGACCAUUUCUUAAUGUGGAAGCCCUCUGUCUUACGGUGACCUGGGGAAUGGAGAGUGCUUUUGGUUAAACACCCCUUUUUGGUUUUGGUUUUUUUAAACCACCUCCACUCAGAGGCUAAAAAUCAGUUGCUCUCCUGUAUAGCGUUGGUUUGUAAGAUGAAAUCCAAAAGAGGAAAAAUGUUACUGGAUUUAUCAGAAAUUAUUUUGUAUUCUGCUUUAAGGAGCUAAUUUGGGUUACCGUCUCAUACUGUGGUCUUUUUGAUUUUCACUCUGUGGAGGUUAUUAAAUAGGCAUAUAUAAA